CUUAAAACAUCAACACAGGGUGGAAAAGCAACCGAUUAUAUCUCACCCCACCCCCAAGGACAAGGUAAGGAAUUGUGUUAGACAAGGGUCUGCGUAUCCGCCGGACCCAGAGACAUGGGCACAGCCAUGCUAUCCGAGGCAAGCCUCAGGUUGCGAAGAGCGAGGCCGAGGCCGAGGUUUCGGGGAAAGGCCGGACAAAGUGCUUGCUUGAUCACCAUUGUUCUUCAGGGGGGAAAUUGGUCGAGAACAAGCAGAAGCAGCUGUUCAGCCACACGGGACCACGCUGGCCAACCUCUCUUCUUCUUCUUUUCUUUUCAUUACCUACCACACUUCCAGUUGGCGCGCCAUUUCGCAGCGUGGCCGUUUGGUGCUAAGCUCAGCUGGGCGAGUAAGAACGGCUCAAGCUUUGCAAAGGCGUGUCCCUAGCGAGCGUCGCCGCGCUUCCGGGGUAAUAGGAGAGCAAAAAAUAGCUUGGGUUAAUAUCGGAAACCAGGUUGGGGUGCUGGUUGCUGGCCCCAACCCUGCGGAGCAUGGCCAGGAGGUGGAGC